AUGUCGCAGCCGAAGCCUUCGUCGCAGCUCUGGCAAGAUUUCGCUUUCAGCGACAUCAUCGGGGAGGGUCAGUACGGCAAGGUAUGGCGCUGCGUGGAUCGCGCCUCGGGUCAGCCAAUGGCGUGCAAGCAGAUCCGCACCGCGGGUCUGUCAGAAGCUGAGAUGGCGGAUCUUCAACGGGAGAUUUACUCUCUGUCGCUUCUCGGCGCCCACGAAAACAUAUUGUCACUCGCACAUGUGUACGCUGAUGAGAAGACCGUGUAUGUUAUAACGGAGCUGUGCAACGGCGGAGAUCUGUUCGAUCUGGUCGACCGAUCAGGCAACGGUCUGGAUGAGGCGUCUGCGGCGAAAAUCUUUGUUCAGAUCGUCCGUGCCGUCCGAUGGUGCCACGCGCACCGCAUCGUUCACCGCGACAUCAAGCCUGAAAACAUUCUUCUCACCAAGACUUCCGCAAUCGCUCAGGGUGCUGCUACUACCGGAUCCUCCUCUGCUUCUAUCGCGGAUAACUUGUCCGUUCGUCUUGCGGAUUUUGGGCUGUCGUUUCAGCUGAAGCCGGGGUGCGCGAUGGUUGGGAUCGGUGGGAGCAUGCCCUACGAAGCACCGGAAAUGCUUGCUGAGCAGCCUUAUAACACCAAGGCUGACGUGUGGUCUCUAGGCGUGCUCCUUUACUCAAUGCUCACUUCCACGUGGCCCGCGUUUCCCGGAAACCGGCGCCAGCUGACCCCGAACGACUUCCGGAGCGCGGGAUGGUCGAAAUUGUCGAUCGCGGCGCGGGAUCUGAUCUGCCGAAUGAUGAUCGUCGAUCCUGCGCAGAGAUAUGACAUCGACGGUGUGAUGUCGCACCCGUGGCUCGCCCUCGCGCGAAGAGCUGUGUUCCCGCGACAGGCGUCGAAGUCGCCGCCGUCGUCGCCCACUCCCCUAGCGACAGCAUCGCCGUUCGCUGUGUCGCCCGACCACACAAAUCCCAAGAAGAUCCCUCGCACAGGCUAUUCAUGUGAUAAUACCUUCGCAACGAAUUCGACCGACACCAGCCUGACAAUUUCAUUCCAGGAACGCAACGACCUUAACGAAGACGCCACUAGCGCGUACAAGUGGCGUCUCAAGAGUCUUCGCGCCUUUGAGGCCGAGUCGCGCUCUAUCUCAGCAUCAUCGUCAGGCUCGUCCUCGGGAGUAUCCGAAUUCUUCACCCCGAUUUCAUCCCCAGAGCCCCGCCAGAAGCCGACCUACCAUCAGUUCCUCCGCCCCAGGCCGUCCCUUCUUGGCGUCCAAAUCUGA